AUCGCCUCCUCCACAUCGCCUCUUCCACAUCGGCUUCUUCCACCGGCCUCCAUCGCCUCCUCUGCAAUCGUUGCUACAGAGGAGAUGCAAUGUCCAUCUUGUGUUCCAUUACAAGUGGAGUCAUUUCUCACCGUAAAUCAUUCGAAUUCCUUCUUGCUCCAAGAUUUUGUCAAGCCAGCAGCCUAAACCGCAAUAAUCUGAAUCCUUUAUGCCAUCGAAUUCAUGUUGAAGAGGUUUAUGCAAAUGGACUAAAGUGCUUAGCAAAUGGAUUUGAGAAGUCGUUGAUUUCAGAGAGCCAAACUGAAUAUACUACAGGCGAGGAGCUGUCAUCUGAGCUGUCAAACAGGUACAUAUGUGGGCUAUGUGAAGCAGGAAACAUUGAUAAAGCAAUGGCUUUUCUUUCUCAGAUGGAAGCCCUAGGAUUUCGUUUGAGUUAUGGCUCCUACACUUGUCUGUUAAUAUCCCUUGCGAGUGUAGGCAGGACUUUGGAAGUGGAGGCAAUUUUUCAAGAAAUGGUAAGCUCGGGGUUUCAGCCAAGGCCAAAAGUGUAUAAUGUCUUGCUUAAAUGUUUUCUGGGAAAAGGUCUUCUGACCGUUGCAGAUAGAGUUAUGGAGUCAAUGAACGAUAUGGGUGUGUGUAAGAACCGAGAAACAUACGAGAUUCUCCUUGGUUAUCAUGUUAGAUCUGGACGUUUGGAAGAUUCUUGGGAAGUUGUUGCCAAAAUGAGGAAGGAUGGGUUCGAACCUAAUACAUUUGUGUACAGUAGAAUUAUUGAACUUUAUAGGGACAAUGGAAUGUGGAAGAAAGCUAUAAACCUUGUAGGAGAAAUAAGGGAAAACGGAGUCUCACUUGACAAGAAGAUUUUUAAUAGUAUCAUAGACAUCUUUGGGAAAUCUGGUGAACUAGGAGAUGCCAUAGAAGUGUUUGAUAAAAUGCAGCAAGAAGGGAUUACACCCGAUAUCAGCACAUGGAAUUCUUUGAUCGGGUGGCAUUGCAAGCAUGGAGAUCUGAUGAAUGCCCUUCUACUGUUUGAUAAGAUGCAAACACAAGGAUUAUAUCCUGAUCCAAGUAUCUUCAUUACCAUCAUUAGUCGCUUAGGAGAACAGGGCAAGUGGGACAUAAUAGAGAAAAACUUUGAGCAAAUGAAACAUGGAGGGCACUGGAAAAGUGGGAUCAUUUAUGCAGUUUUGGUUGAUAUUUAUGGGCAAUAUGGGAGAUUUGAGGAUGCUGAGGAAUGCAUAAAUACACUAAAACUGGAAGGAGUUCCACUCUCAGCUAGAAUAUAUUGUGUGCUCGCAAACGCCUAUGCCCAACAGGGUCUGUGCGAGCAAACAGUUAAAGUUCUCCAGUUGAUGGAACUUGAUGGAAUCGAACCAAACCUUAUCAUGCUCAAUGUUUUGAUAAAUGCAUUCGGUAUUGCUGGAAGACACUUGGAGGCACUCUCAGUAUAUCAGCACAUAAAAGAAAGUGGUGUUAGUCCUGAUGUGGUUACCUACAGUACACUAAUGAAAGCUUUAAUAAGGGCAAAGGAGUUCGACAAGGUACCUGUAAUAUAUAAGGAUAUGGAGUCCACUGGGUGCUCACCGGAUAGGAAAGCCAGAGAGUUGCUGCAAACUGCAAUGAUGGUUCUUCAACGUAGGCAUUAAUUAUAUUGACUGAUAGAUGUACAUCUCUUUCUACACCUCAUUGCUUCCUUCUCCAUAAACAAUGGGAGUUCUCCACUGUUUGGAUUUCUUCAACCUGGUCAGGUACUCAUUUACUUGUGCCUUCUUUAGCCUUUUUUUGGUUUUUUCCACUUGAAUUUUGAGCCCUAGUAUCUAGUCAAGAGUAAAUCUAUGAAAACCCACAAACCCACCAUCCUUUUUCCUUUCUGAAGAAAAGGUUUUGAUGAGUUUGAUGGUAACUAUAGUGUUUUCAUUUAGGGAAUCAUAAAAUCUUUCCAUCAUAUUUUUGAAGUAGUUUAUUUUGACAGGCUGACAGCAAAUAUGACUCUUUGAGGCUGUGAUUUCUUGGUUACACCAGCUAAUAACCCUACCACAUAAUGCUUUUAUUCUAGCUUUUUGCUAUAUAUGAUGUGCUGCUUUUUGGCAUGGUGAAUCUGAUAUAAUUGAUCAAGCAUGGAGUUCAAAUAUACCAAAGUUGGAUGUGCAUAAGAUAAAACAAACAUUGUGAUUGCACCAAGAACGGAUUUUCUCAGAUCAUGUUGCUUGCAUACUCAUAACUGCUUAAAACAACUCGAACUCACUAUAACAAAAUUGGGUUUAUAGGACGCUCAAGUGUUUUGAGUGUUCUAAUAGAGUGCCAUAUAGGAUCAACAAAUAAAACGUUCUAUUUAAAAAUGUUAAGGUAAGUUUAUAUGAUGCUUUUGGGCGUCGUAACAAGUUUUUAGGACCUUUUUAAAAAAAGUUUCGUAUUAGCUAUUUUAUAGGACAUAAACCCAUAUUUUUAUAGGACCCUUGUGUUUACAGGACACUUUUCCAAAUAGUGUCAUAAGGCUAGCGCCGUCUAUAAACUUAUUGUAACACUUUUAGAUAAGAUAAUUUAUUUUUUGAUCCUAUAAACUUAAGUCCUACAAGGCAUUCUAUUAGAACGUUAAACAAUUUAGGCAUCCUAUAAACUCAAUUUUGACAACAUCAGUCCACCAUGGAAUUGGUUGUAAUGAGUUAUCUAGUACCAAGAGGUCAAAUGUGUUCAAUUUUUAAAAUAAAAUGAAGUGGGCCCAGCUGGGACCCGGUUGUGGCUUUUGUUUUUGGGCAAGACAUUAACCUUUAAGGCGUGGUUCUUGUGUUCAUGUCUCUUAUUGAAUGCCUUUCUAUGUAUUUACA